UUUUUAAAUUUUGUGGUCAUUGUGGUGGAAGCGUGAUUUUGAAGUAUCCAACGAGAGAAUGUCUUUUCAGCAUAAAAGCUUAUGGCUGCCACGGGAUUCUGGCUGCUUUGCUGGAGAAAAUUUGGGGUAUGAGAAUUCUUCCAGAGUUGAACAAAAGCGUGACCAUCAGUGGUUUAUGAAUACAGGUGAACCAGAAACAUUCAGCAACAAGAAACAAGCAGUUGAAGCAAUUGGUGGUAAUCCAUUUUCAGGAGUUUCCCAUGUGAAUGUUUCUCCAUGGGACACCAAUUCAGGGUUUCACUCUGUCACAGGUCAAUUUUCUGACCGGCUCUUUGGAUCUGAUCCUCGACGGGCAAUCAAUUUGGUUGAUAAAAAUCUGCUAUCAACUGGAAGUGGAAGUUUGAAUGUGGCUAGGAGGGAUGUUGAGAAUCAAUUUCGUAAUGAACAAUCUUCUGGCUUGUCAAGAUCUCAUGCCAUUGCAGACACUUCAUCAGAUCCCAAUUUUGGUGGCAUCAGAAAGGUUAAAGUCAAUCAAGUCAGGGAUUCUUACAAUCUCUUGCCUGCUUCCAUAGGGCACCCAUAUAGUAGGGCAGAUAGUAGUACAAUUUCAAUAGGUACAGGCCACAAUAGGAAUGAUGCGAACAUAUCGUUGGGAUCAGCUUAUAAUAAUGGGAAUGACAAUAUCAUUGCAAUGGUCAGUGGAAUAAGCAACACCAAUAACAAUUCUAUUUCAAUGGAUCGUCCCUUCAAUAAAGCCGAUGGGAGUUUUAUGCUGAUGAACCAGAAGUAUGGCUUGUCAAUGAGUCAGCCCUUUAACAGGGCAGAUUUUGUACCCAUGGAUCAGUCAUAUUCAAAGGGGCAUGAGAACUUCAUACCAACAGGUCCAACUUACAGUAAACCAGGAGAAAAUUUCAUAAACAUCAGUCCUUUCUAUGGCAAGGGCCUUGAGAAUUUGGUAUCCAUGGGUCCAACAUAUAUUAGUACCGAUUCAAACAUCCCACCAACAUUGACCCCAUUUGAGACUGGAAAUUCUAGCUCUUUCCUAGCAGGUCACAACUAUAAUAAGGGUGUGAGUGGUACCAUGCCCUUCAUUGCUUUUACUAGUAAUCCUGAGUCCAAUCCCUCUGGUGGAAUCACAAACGGCUAUAAUCUAUUGAUGGGCGAUCAGAUUAAUCCAAAUGCCGAACAACCUGUAAAUAAUACUCAAACAGCUAAUACUCAAAUUGAUACUACACAGAAGAACAAAGAGAAGAAAACCAAGAAGGCUUCAUCUAACAACUUCCCUUCAAAUGUCAAAAGUUUGUUGUCAACUGGUAUUUUUGAUGGUGUUGUUGUGAAAUAUGUUUCAUGGUCGCGGGAGAAGAGCCUGGGGGCAGUCAUAAAAGGAACUGGGUAUGUGUGUUCAUGCGAUGACUGCAAGGAAUCAAAGUGUCUAAAUGCAUAUGAGUUUGAGCGGCAUGCUGGUGCCAAGACCAAACACCCUAACAACCACAUAUACUUUGAGAAUGGAAAAACCGUCUAUGGUGUGGUUCAAGAGUUGAAAAACACUCCCCAGGAGAUGCUCUUUGAUGCAAUUCAGAAUGUCACUGGCACCACCAUCAACGAGAAGAACUUUAGUAGUUGGAAAGCAUCAUAUCAAGCUGCUACAAAAGAGCUUCAGCGUAUAUAUGGAGCAGAUGAAGUGAUCAUCACUCAAUCCUGAGUCCAGUUUUCUUCAUGGACAAGUUCAGAAGAAAUGGUAGAUUUGCAAUCUGUUCAUAGUGAAUGAAUAGCAGCUUCAUAUAGUUUUUUGUUUAUUUAAAAAAAAAAUUAAAGGUUGAGCUGAUGCUCCUUGUAGGAAUUUGAUUUCCCAUUUCAUGGUAAUGAUUAAGGUCUAUUUUGAGGUUCAGACUUCAGUAUAAUCUUUCCAUCAAGAUUUGCUCAUGUCUUCUUUGCAAACAA